AUAACCCCAGGGGGAUUGACAGGGCUCCCCAGCCAGCCCAGCUUCCCCUGCCAGCAGAGACCUCCCAACAGCUGCGCCUGCCCGCUGAGAGGAGAUGGCACCCAAGAAGGCGAAGAGGAAGGCAGUCGAAGGCAGCUCCAAUGUCUUCUCUAUGUUUGACCAAACCCAAAUCCAGGAGUUUAAAGAGGCCUUCACCGUCAUUGACCAGAACAGAGAUGGCAUCAUUGACAAGGAAGACCUGAGAGACACAUUCGCCGCCAUGGGGCGCCUGAACGUGAAGAACGAGGAGCUGGAAGCCAUGAUUAAGGAAGCCAGUGGCCCCAUCAACUUCACCGUCUUCCUCACCAUGUUUGGGGAGAAGCUCAAGGGUGCUGACCCCGAGGACGUGAUCAUGGGGGCGUUCAAGGUCCUGGACACCGAGGGCAAAGGCACCAUCAAGAAGCAGUUCCUGGAAGAACUUCUGACCACACAGUGCGACAGAUUCACCCCGGAAGAGAUCAAGAACAUGUGGGCAGCUUUUCCUCCAGAUGUGGCCGGGAACGUGGACUACAAGAACAUCUGCUACGUCAUUACACACGGUGAAGACAAAGAAGGGGAGUAAUUCCAUCAGGCCCCCCCAAAUUCCCCUGCCUCCCAUCCAGGGGGCUGGCGCUGUGGGGUCCCAUCCACCCACACACCCCAGGUUGGGAGCAUCUCCUCCAAAUCAGCUUCAGUUUUGAACCCCCAAACUGCAGACCCCACUCUUAUUUAUUGUGAUUUUGGGGUGGGGACCUGGGACCCCACAACCUUGCCCUUCCCCACCCUGCAGCCAGAGUCUUAAGAAACGGAUCAGGACCCAGGUCAAGAACUGAGGAAAAAAAGUCUCAAUAAAGAUGAGGAAACCUGUUUUUAACUCU